AAUCAAUAUAAUUAUAAGCAAUUGCGAUCCACCUGCACACAUCAAUAUGCUCCCCCCAUCCAUAAAUGAUUGCACGUUUGGUAGGUUGAAAAUUAAACCUAUUCACAUGGUAUCAUUAAUUAUGAAGGAUGUGAUCAUUCACUCCCUGGCCACUUGAUAAAUUAAGAAGCCUCAACAUGCAAUUUACAAGAUACAGCCUCAAAUAUUGUCAAAAUUAUGGAGUUGCAAGAUUUGAUCCUGAUAGCAGCAACUUCUUUGGGCUUACUCUCUCUUUGUAAAGCCUUGAUCAAUUUUCUCAGAUGGGUGUGGGUUAUGUUCUUUCGGCCUCCAAAGAAUCUCAAGGAGUAUGGUUCAUGGGCUAUGAUAACUGGCUCCACACAGGGAAUUGGGAAAGCCCUUGCGUUUGAAUUGGGAUCAAAGGGUCUUAACUUAGUCUUACUCGAUCUCAGCCCUUCAAAACUUGAAGCUACAUCAAAGGAGAUACACCAAAAAUAUGGCGGAAAAGUAGAAACAAAAAGUAUUGCUAUAGACUUCACCAAAUUCAGCGGAGAGGAGAUAUGUAAGAUGAUAGAGGAAGGGAUAAGAGGGUUAGAUGUUGGGAUUUUGAUCAAUAACGCAGGGGUGGCAUACCCUUAUGCAAUGUAUUUUCAUGAGGUUGAGUUAGAGGUGAUAGAGAGAAUUGUGGAGGUGAACAUAGAUGCAGCCACUUGGGUCACUAGGUCUGUGCUUCCUCGCAUGCGGAAGAAGAAGAAAGGAGCAAUACUCAACAUUGGCUCCGCUUCCUCCACCUUCUCUUUCCCUUUUGACGCCGUUUAUUCUGCAACUAAAGCGUACAUUGCAAUGUUCUCAAGAAGCCUGAGCUUGGAAUACAGGCAACAAGGAAUAGAUAUUCAGUGCCAGACUCCAAUGUUUGUGGCAACAAAAAUAACAAGAGGUUUGAAGGCACCUCUUUUCUUGGUUCCAUCACCGGAGAUGUAUAGCAAAGCAAGCAUACGAUGGAUCGGUUAUGAGCAUAUCUGUAUACCAUAUUGGAUCCAUUCUGUGCAGCGGUUUAUAAUGCAUGGAUUGCCAGAGCCAUUACUGGAUUGGUGCAUUUUCGAGCUCUUUCUCAACAUCAUCCGUAAGAGAAGAGUGAAGAAGAUGAUGACGGGGAAGCAGUGAAAACAUUUUGAAGCUCAUAAUUAAAUCAUUUAAUAAAGCAUGCAAAAUGUAUCAAUUUAUCUAUGAAACCACCUCAUGCAUGAAGUAAUUAAAAUAAUGGUUUUCACUCUCUCAAC